AUGGACAACCAGAUUGCACAGUUUACAAGCAUUACAGACGCGUCGCCGGACGUGGCACGUACGCUUUUGGAAAGCGCCGAGGGCGACUUGGCCGCGGCACUCGCGCUGUUUUUCGACGGCGCGGAGGACGAUGUGGCUCCUGUCGCUCCCACAGGGGCCCGCACACCCACUGGAGGUGUUGCGCCAUCUCCCACGCCAACACAAAGUGCUAGUAAACGUGCGGCACGACCUGCACCGCGCGGCGGAGUCAUGUCGUUUGGAGAUCUCCGCACUGCGUCGGACAAUGUGUCUGAGCCGGACGAUCCGGCCAACCUGUUUGCAGGCGGCGGGCGCAGCGCACUGAACGUGGUGGACCCAGAAUCGCGCCGUGACGGUGAGAACAACGUGGUCGACGAUAUCCUCGACAAGGCGAAGCGCACCUCGUUGGAGCGGACACAGCAUUCUAUGGACAUGCCCAGCCAGUCGUCUGCCUUCUCCGGACGCGGUCAGUCGAUUAGCGGCGAGACUGUUGGCGAAAAUACUGUAUCGAACGAUCCCGAGGAGGAAAAGGCGAAGCGCCAUUUGAUCUUUUGGCAGGAUGGAUUUACUGUCGAAGGCGGCGAGCUUUAUCGCUACGACGAUCCUGCGAACCAGGAACUACUAGAGGCGAUCAAUACAGGGAACGCUCCAUUGAGCGUGCUUAACGUGCGCUUUGGACAGCCUGUUGAACUGAUCGUGGAGCGAAGGAUAGACGAAAAGUACACUCCAGCGCCGCCCCCGCCAAUGCAGCCGUUUGCUGGGCAGGGCAGUCGUCUCGGCGCGCCGGCAGUAUCCGCGGCAUCCGCAGCAUCAGCAGCUCCCGCAGCACCGGCAGCGCUAGCCAAUGCGCCACUUGUCGAUCCCGUCCAACCGACUACGCAAGUCCAAGUGCGUCUGCCCGACGGCCAGCGCCUCGUCGCUAAACUGAACAAGCACCACACCGUGGCCGAUCUUCGCAGCUACAUUAAUGCGAAUCGGCCUGAAAUCGAAGCACAAGCGUACACCUUGCACGGCUCCUUUCCUCCGCGACCCAUCUCCGACGAAGCACAGUCCCUCGACGCCGCGGGCGUGGCCAAUGCAGUCGUGCUCCUUAAGUGGGCCUGA